GGUCCCAGCGCACCUUCCUCCCCGUGCCGAGGCCGAGCGCACGAGAGGAGCCUGUCCCGGGGCAGCUUCGCGGGCCAUGGAGCUGGCGGGCGGGCGCUGCGCGCUCAGCCUCUGGCUGCUGCUGCUGCUGCGCCGCUUGCCGGCCCCGGGCGCCGCCGCCCCAGCGCCGCCAGCAGGGCCCGUAGCCGUGGGGCAGUUCUGGCAUGUAUCCGACUUGCAUUUAGACCCUACUUACCACAUCACUGGUGAUCACACCAAAGUUUGUUCUUCUUCCAAAGGGGCUAAUGCCUCCAACCCUGGGCCUUUUGGAGAUUUUUUCUGUGAUUCUCCAUAUCAACUUAUUUUAUCAGCCUUUAAGUACAUGAAUGAGUCUGAACAACAAGUUUCCUUCAUGAUAUGGACAGGGGAUAGUCCACCUCAUGUUCCAGUGGAGGAACUCUCCACAAAGAUGGUCAUUAAUGUUAUUGGCAAUAUGACUUCCACCAUUCAAAGUUUCUUUCCAGAUCUCCAGGUGUUUCCUGCAUUGGGUAAUCAUGACUACUGGCCACAGGAUCAGCUGCCUGUAUCUGCCAGUGAAGUUUACAGCGCAGUAGCAAAUUUCUGGAAACCUUGGCUAACUGAUGAGGCAAUCAGUACCUUCAAGAAAGGUGGCUUUUAUACACAACUCUUUCAAUCCAGUGUUAGCCCUCAACCACUCAGGAUAAUCAGUUUGAACACAAAUCUAUAUUAUAGUCCCAACCAUGUGACUCUGAAUAUAACUGACCCGGCCAACCAGUUAGCGUGGUUGGAGAGCACACUAGAAAUCUCUCUUCAAAAGAAGGAGAAGGUAUAUGUGAUAGGACAUGUGCCAAUAGGAUAUCUGCCUUUUGCAAGGAACACUACUGCCAUAAGAGGAUAUUACAAUGAGAGAUUAGUAAAGAUUUUUCGCAAGUAUAGUGAUGUUAUUGCUGGACAGUUUUUUGGACACACUCACAGAGAUAGCAUCAUGAUCCUUCUGGAUGAGAAAGAAAACCCAAUAAAUUCCUUGUUUGUGGCACCUGCCGUGACUCCAGUGAAAAGUGUGUGGCAGAGAGAGUCCAACAAUCCUGGAGUCAGACUGUAUCAAUACGAUCCUCUUCAGUACAGCUUGUUGGAUCUUUGGCAGUUUUACUUGAACCUCACAGAUGCCAACAUGAAAAAUGAAUCAAACUGGAAACUAGAAUACAUCCUGACCAAAGCAUAUGGUAUUGAAGACUUGAAGCCAGAAAAUUUAUAUGAAAUGGCAAAGCAAUUCACUGUGCCACACAGCAAACUGUUUCAACAAUAUUACAAUAAUUUCAUUGUGAGUUAUGACAAAAGCAUUGUCUGUGAAGGGGACUGCAAGACCAGCCAGAUAUGUGCAAUGCAGUAUUUGGAUCACUCUUUCUAUACAGAUUGUAUCCAACGGGGGUAGUGUGGAGAUGAAGUACAAUGUGAUCAGUACUGAUGUUGCUAUGUAGCCUGUAUUUUAAGGAAUUUGUUUCCCUAUUCUGCUGAAAUGGGAGCCUGCGGCAAUCCUCUGUGAAUUGCAGGGGGACAUUAGAUCCCCUAAAUCUUUUAUUCUUGGUAAAUAUAUUGGUUAUAAUUUUCCAAUUGCUUUGUCUAAAGUUAAACACCUUAAUAACAAUGGCUUGAUUUUUCAGUGAUCCUGAGCACCAGUGACAGCCAUUACAGUGAAUGUGCACUGCAGUUGCUCAGUACCUAUGAAAACAAGCCAUUUUUAUUUAGGUGUGUAAAUACGGGUUUAGGUGUCUAAAUUUGAAUACUUGGGCAAUAUAUACGCUGUUUAGAAUAUAAUCUGUAACGCUGAAAAAAGCAAUGUUUGUAUAAGUGUAAAUCAAGUUAUCACACAAUCAGUACACACACCUUUGUGAUCAGUAAAUAUUUACUGAAAGUUGAAGGACACAAGACUAUCCAGCACUAAGCGUAUGUCUACAUUUGGAGCUGGGGGUGUGGUUCCCAGCUCAAGGAGAUAUACUCCUGCUAUCUCUAAUUGAGCUAGUGUGCUAAAAAUAGUGUUGUCGCAGCAGCAUGAGUGGCGGGAUGGGCUAGCCUCCCUGAAUGCAUGGCUAGGAUGGUACAUAUUUGGGUCAGCUAGCUUGUCCUGUCACCAGCGCUGCCAUGGCUACAUGCUGUUUGUAGCACGCUAGCUCAAUCAGCGCUAAUAUGAGUAUGUCUCCUCGAGCUGGGAAUCAUACCCCCAGCGCCAAGUCUAGAUGGUACCUUAAGGCUCAGAUCCUCAAAGGUGCUUAGGCAAUUAACACCCAUGGGAGGCACCUAAAUGCCUUUGAGGAUCUGGACAUUGCUUUCUCCGUAUAAAGCUGUGUAUAUUAGUGAUAAUGUCAGUUUUAUACAUAUUUAUAUUAACAGAUUUUUUGACAACAGAGACACAAAUCAAUGUUUAAAUAAAUGGAAGUCACUAAUAAGAUAUGAACACACAUUCAUUUACAUAAUAUAGGCAAACGCGCACCUAUCAGAAGACUUCUGAAACUUUUUCAUAGGGUGAACUAUAUCAUAAUACAGAGUUUCUCAUGGACAACCUUUCCUCUGGUUUGUGAUUGCACAGACCACCUAUUCCCUUAGUCAGCUGCAGCUACUGUUUACAUGAAAAAGUAAUAUUAUCCAAGUAUUUUAAAUGUCUUUUAAUGCAAUUCAGCAUAUGGAAAUGAGAAGUCAUUUUCUGCUCUCCCUGGAGCGCGGGGCCAGUUUGAGAACUGUGGUUAAUAUAUAUAUUAUUCAUGGGUAGCCAAAGCUGUAGCUGUGGUUGCAAAACUAUUGCCAUUAUUAACCCCUUAUUUUUCAUGAGGUCUUAACUUACAGAUAGAUUUUGCUGUUGGAGAACAUCUUAUGUUUUGUCUCAACCCAAAAGUGAAAUUUGUUCUGCAGAGUCUGAGGGGAAAAUCCCUUCAGCUGUUGGUUAUGAAGAAGAAAUUUAAAAAAUAAUAAUAAUAAUAAUAAAAAAUAUUGUUAGCUUUUUCAAAUACCUUAGACUUGUCAUGGAAGGAUCCUCCAAUGAGGAAUGCUUGCUUUUGCUAAGUUUGCAUUCUGAAACAAAUCUUUCAGUGUUGUUAACAUUUGAGCAGGUCAUUGAAUAUGCACAAUAGGAAAUCUCAUUAAAUUUUAAAUGGUGCCCAUACAUGCUCAAAUCUAGCAAUACGGACUUUGAAAAAAAAAAGGUAAGAGAACUUAAUCUGGCUUUCUUCAAUUAUUCUCUGUAAACAAGGCCUCCAUACUAUGACAGUCUUCCUUCCUUCCUUUCUAUGAAUGUUUAGAAUGUGCUUGAUCAUUAGCUCACACAUUCUAUUAAUCUUUCCCAUACACUGGCCUUUGCACACCAGAAUGCAGCAUGACUGACUUCUUAAAAGCAGUGCUGGGAUUCCUGUAACUAUCACACUGUUAUUUGUUCAAACUGUAUGUCUUUGCAUUAAGAUAUAUAUUUACACUUCAAAGUGAUGCAGCGGCAUUAAUACAAAAGAAAAGAUGUGUUUUUCAUAGAAUCAUAGAAUCUCAGGGUUGGAAGGGACCUCAGGAGGUCAUCUAGUCCAACCCCCUGCUCAAAGCAGGACCAAACCCAACUAAAUCAUCCCAGCCAGGGCUUUGUCAAGCCUGACCUUAAAAACCUCUAAGGAAGGAGAUUCCACUACCUCCCUAGGUAACCCAUUCCAGUUCUUCACCACCCUACUAGUGAAAAAGUUUUUCCUAAUGCAGUAUUUGGAUUACUCUUUCUAUACAGAUUGUAUCCAACGGGGGUAGUGUGGAGAUGAAGUACAAUCUGAUCAGUGCUGAUAUAUUUUAAAAUAAAAUAGGAAAAUACAAGAAUGAAGGUACUUUUAUGAAAGCGAACUCACUCACAUUAUACAUUUGUAGUAUUUUCCCAUUGCUGUUAGGAAUAAUCUGUCCAAAAUAACAUUUCUCUGAUAAUUUGACCACUCGUAUUUCACAAUUUAAAAAAAAAUUGUGUACAAACUUAAUUGCUGUAUUAACAUUUCAUUCAUAUUUUGAGGGUGUGUAAAAUAUAGAAAUACAGGCAUUAAUACCAUGUAAACUUCAUCUUUUAUGCCAAAUAAUUUCUACUGUAAUAUUUCUCUUAAAUUAUAUUUCCUGAAAUUGUCCAUGUUUUGUCAGCCUAGAUGUGGCUCCCCCCACUCCCUUUAAAGUGGAAUAAAUCAUUUAGAAUGAA